AUGGAAAUAAAGAAGACAAAGUCGAAACUAGCAGAUUUGGCUAAAGAGAUUGCAUCAUGGGAAGAUGACUUGAGACGCAUUCCCUUACAUAAAGAACCAGAGAAAUCUGUUAGAAAUUCAGCUGUCAAGUAUAACAGAGAUAGCCUAGCUGACCACCACAAUCUACCCGUCUUUGCAAGGAAGGCUCGAUGGGAGCGUCUAAUGAAUGAUGGCUCACGUCACACUGAACAUACUGUAGUUGGUGAUACAAAUAAAGCUCCUUCAUUAAUUCAACAAUCUGUGGCACCCAAAAUUCAAUCAGGUCAGGGUAUUAGAGAAAAAGUCCUUACUUCUGUCACUUGUACCAAGGCUGACGUCCCCAGGGGAAGUUUAAGUCAUGCUGAGAGAGAAAGGCUUGAGCGAAUGCGAGAGCUGGCUGAAUUACGCCGAUCCCGUCGACCAGUUAUACCAACUCCUAAUUUAGGUUCAGUAUCUUCUGCAGACCCUCAUGAUUUAGAACCGGAAAAAGUUUCAUCCAGUUUUGUUUCAAGACAGGAGGAUGAUUUCUUGUUACCACCCCCUCCAUCACCCCCAAAUAUUUCGGCAAUUGAGAAUCCACUGGUUACUUCGCCCCGCAGUACUCCAUGCGACAACUGUCAGCCUGUUUUAACGGAAGUUGUAAUGUGUGAUGAUGCUACUGUCCCGCAUCCCAGUCCGCCAAAGGAUAUGGGACUUAGUGAAGCUGAUUCUUCAAACAGCAACACUUUCAUCAGUAAUACACAAUCUCCAAAUAUUCAUAAUGUCAAUUCAACGAACAUAAAUCAAACAAAGUUGGAAGAAAUUAUGCAAACAACUGUAUCAACAACUCCAACCAUUGCACAUCCCUAUUAUUCACGUCCUAAAAUUGGUGUUAAGCGUCGAUCAUCAUUUUCGGAAAGCUCAGUUGAUACCUUCCAUCAAAUUAUUCCGAGACAAAAAUCAGUCACAUUUCAAAGGACCACUUCUGAUAUUACAGAUGAAAGUGAAACUGACUUCAACUAUGAUGAUGAUGAAGAUUGUCCAACAUCUUCAGAGUUUUCCAGUCAAUAUGAAUAUUUACCAGAACGAGAAAAACAUGGGGAUAAAAUAACACAAAAAAUGGAUUCCGAAAGCGUUGGUGAUUCUGAGUUGUCUGAUUUUUUGGAUACUAUAAUUCCAAGUGAUGAAUUAAAUAAUGAAUUAUCCAGUUUAUCUUCACAAGAUCAAAGUAAUAAUAAAGAGAAUCAUCCUGAUCAUCGUUAUCAUCAACCAUAUUUUUCAAAAGAUGAUAGCGAUUUAUUAGUGAUUAAUAAUCGUAUAUCUCCAGUUCUACCACUAUCCGAGGCUGAACGACGUAUUCGAAGAUUGAAUGACUUACCAAAAUUGAUACAAGCAGAACGUGUAGUUAUUUUACAGGCCAGUGCAGCACUACAACAGUGUGUCAGUAUUCCUUUUCGUAAAAGUCCUGAAGACUUUGAUAGAAUACGUGAAUUGGGUCCAGGUUCUCGAGUUCAUGUAGAAGCUAGCAGAACGAUGCUGAUAGCUUGUCAGCGUCGUCAAGUAUUAAUGGAAGAACUUGCAUUAUUGCAUAGAGGCUCUCCAGUUCUUGUACCACCUACACGUGGUGAUCCUAUACGUGCUCGUAUGAAACUAAACGCUAUUCGUUUAUCUCUUAAAACAUCUAACAUACCGAAUGAUCCUACAAGUGGAGGUGGCUAUGUUGUUGUUGGUACUGGACGAGAAGCUGGUGGUUGGAAUGUUCCUACUUUAAAAUCUCGUCCUGACAAUCAAUUAGGCCAACCGACAUGUUAUCAUUUAAUUGGUGUUAUAAAAUGCCGUGGUGAAGGUCGGUUGUAUCAUAGUGAACUAGUUACCUUAAUGCAUGUGAGCGACUUACCUGUGGGAAUGUACCGACCUGCUCCUUAUGUAGAUUUGCCGGCAAAGCUAGAGAUUGUACCAGUUAGACCAGAUUUUGUAUUUCAAUUAGAAAUUUACUGUAUGCGUACUGGAACAGAUAGACCUAUGAAUAAUUGUGCAUAUGGUUCACCUCGUAUACUUGGAACAUCAUUAGUUUAUGGCGAUGAUAUUAGUAAUGAUAAUGAUAGUUUGAAUAGUUUUAAAACUCCACAGAAUAAAUUAUUACAUUUAAAGAAUUCAACAUCACCUGUUACUUCAUCAAAUCAUAAGAAAUCACGAUAUGGUCAUACUUCCAAUAUUGAAUUAACUCCUUGUGAAUCAGCAAGUCAUAUUUUAACUCAUUGUCUACCGUCAAGUUACUUUAAAACUACACCACAUAUAAAACUUAUGAUAUUGAUCAUGGAAACAAUAUUGGACGUGAUAAAAUUGCUGCUUUCUCCCUACUUUCCACUGUUGAAAUUCUUUAUCAUGAUGACCUAUUGUGUUUCUAUCAAUAAAACUGAAUUGAAUUCUAAUCGUUUACCUCUACGUUUAUUACAUUUACCUCGUUCUACUCCAUUAGCUGGAACUGCUGGUCUUGUUGAUGCUUUUGUUAGUUUGGAAGCAAGAGUAUUAGCUCGUGGUUUUAUGACUGUUUUCGAAGAGAUUGGUGGAAUGGGUGUAUGGCAAAGGUAUUGGUGUCAGCUACGAGCUGAUUAUCUACAUUUUUGGCGAUAUCCAGAAGAUGAACAACGAGCACAUUCUAACAAUGCAGUUAAUACCAAACAUUUACAUCCACCAUUGGGUAGAAUCGAUUUACGGCAUAUUGUUACACCUGGUGCUGUUAUAGCACCUCGUUCUAUUUGUGCUCGUGCAAAUACAAUUUAUAUGCGAUCACUUCGUGAAAUUGAUCCCAAUUGUUUAUCAGCUUCUAUUAAUAAUAAUAAUAAUACUAAUAGUAACAGCACUACAUCUGGGAUUGUUAAUAAGAAGAGGAGUUCAAAUGAAAGUCUGAUAUUCCGUGCUUCUACUGAUUAUAGAUGGUUGGAACAAAAACAUUUACUUUGUGCUGAUACAUCACAAGAACGUGAUGCUUGGAUUACAUGGUUAAAUGGUUGUAUAGAAUCUUUGAAAGAUUGGAUGCCAGGACAUUUCAAUUGUUUAUCUCGUUAUGAUGCUCAAUUAGAAUUUAAUCAACCAGUAUCAUCUCAACUGGGUGCUUUGUUAAUUCACGGUUUACCAUCACAAUCAUCAUCAUCGUCAUCUUCACCGGUAUUAACCAAAUAA